AUGAGUUCAGACGAUUCUAUUUUAUUAAGAAGGCUGUUUCUUGAUGUUUUAAAAAAGAUAAACAAAAAUAGGGAAUAUUUAGAGAUUAAAAAAAAGGGUUUAAAGCAUAAUCAUGAUUAUACAGGUGGUCAGAAGGAUUUGUGCGAUGUCAUGUGUAGUAACGACGAUCUUUUAAAAGGGAGAUCGACAAAAAACGAAUUAAAAGACCAUAUUUUUAGUUAUGAUAUUGAUAUUGUUUUUUUUUGGAAUUUUUUGGGUAAAAAUUGA